AACUUGCAUCUUAAGGAACAGCAUCUUCGGUAGUGACUUCUCUGCGUUAUUUUACACCUUUUUCGGCCUAUUGCGAUCGCCAUGAGUGCAUAAUGUGGCUAAAGAAAGUGCCGAAGUGCGUGGGAGUGCCGUAGACGCCGUUUUUAAAGGGUUUCGCCAAAGACCUCGUUUUGAGAAGCUUCGCAAAGGUCGUUUUUCUUGAAGAAGUUUUCCCCGAGACGACAAAGGGGGACGUCUCGAGGCCCGUGACUUUGAGGGGGAAUUUUCGAGCGGUUUUUGAUUUUACGGCCGAUUUCUACACACGCCAAUGACACCGAUAUCGAGGGAUUUUGGACGAGGAUACGUACGUGUUUCGCCCUAACCAUGCUCCCUAUCGUCGCCCUGGGUAUCGUCCUGGCCGCCCAGAAUGUGGAGGUGGCCGGCGUGGGCGUGGUAGGCCUCUCGUCCGACUCCCUGCCCCCCCUCGGCUUCGUGCAUCGGGCAAUGAUGGAUCAGCGAGGCGCCUACUUCAUGCUGUGGACGCCCGAGGAGGAACGCAUCGUGAUCGAAGUGCAGGUGGCGACGAGGGGGUACGUGGGCCUAGGCUUCUCGCCCACAGGUGGAAUGAAGGGCGCUGAUGUGGUGCUGGGCUGGGUGGAUGACAAGGGCUUCCUCCACUUCCAGGAUCGCUACGCCUUCGCAUUACUGACGCCAUCUAUCGACGACUCGCAGGACUACACGCUCCUGGGCGGCUACGAGAACGACACACACACCGUCCUCCGGUUCUCCCGCCCGUGGCGAACGUGCGAUACGGAUCACGACUUUCAGCUUUCGGGCGACACCGUGCGAGUCAUCUGGUCCUACGACGAGCAGGAUCCGACGACGCAAGACAGGAUCGGAAUGCACAGUCACCGCGGCACCAGAAGCCUUUACUUGCGGGAACCCAAGCUCGCUCCUCUGAGGGCCUCGCGCGACGUCAAACACUGGGACAUCAUAUCUCCGAGCGUGAAUUUGCCAGAUGACCUGAGAACGCUCUAUUGGUGUAAGCUGUACAAGAUACCCAAUUUGAGGCAAAAGACUCAUGUUAUUGGGUACGUACCCCAGAUAGAAGAGACCAACCUGCAACACGUCCACCACAUGUUGCUUUACGAAUGUCACCUUCCCAACUCGAACAGACAUUUGGAGAAAUUUGUUGCUGCCAAGGGGGCCCAGUGCUAUGACCGCAACAUGCCUUUUUCUUGGUCGGCUUGUAAUACACCUAUCGUUGCUUGGGCUGUCGGUUCAGAGGGUGAGAUGUUUCCAGACCAUGUAGGAGUUCCCUUGGGAGAGGAACAUGGUGGGGCUACAUAUUUUAUGCUUGAAAUUCAUUAUAAUAACCCAAAUCUGAGAAAGGGUGUAGUGGACUCAUCAGGUGUAAGAAUAAUGUACACAGAAAAACUGCGGCAAUAUGAUGCAGGAAUCCUGACCCUAGGACAUACUGUAUCUCCCACGCAUAUUAUUCCUCCCGGCCAAAAGUGGAAUACUGUAGCCCUUUGUACAGCUGACUGCACAGAUGAGACGCUACCAACGACUGGGAUUAAUGUGUUCCAAGGCUUUUUACAUGCUCAUCUACUGGGCUCCUCGAUUUCCAUCACACAAAUACGGAAAGGAAAGGAAUUACCAAACGUCUUUAGAGAUAUGUCCUAUGAUUUCAAUUAUCAGCAAGCUCGAGUGCUGAACGAAGAAAUGAAAGUCAUGCCUGGAGAUUCCUUAAUAGUCAAGUGUGGCUACGACUCCACCAAGAGAAAAAUGCCAACAUUUGGUGGAUUCAGUACCGAAGAUGAGAUGUGCCUGGCCUUCCUAACUUAUUACCCAAGAGUGAAUUUGUCAGGCUGUUAUUCACGACCUGACAUGGCUCUCGUCUUUGAUACAUUUGGCAUUCAGGAUCUCUUCGAUAAUGAUAUGAAUAUAUUCAAUGACCAGAGUUUCAGUGAGGAAUUCAUCAAUGAGGAGUUUGAAAAUUCGUCCCUAACAAGAAUGAAGGACAGAGCAAACAAGCCCAUAGACAUCCACCUUGGAAACAUCUACCGCUAUAUCAUUGCAAAAGCCCCUCAGCGCUACUUCAACACAUCUUUUUAUGAAAUCUUGCAUGAUAAAGCUACCUGGCAGGACACACGCAUGAUCUCCACAUUGCAGGAAAUGAUUGUUUAUGGGCAACAUGAACCUUCAUGUGAAAAUCACGGCAGGAUUAUUAUAGAUAGGUUACCAAAGAAGGUCAAGUAUCCAAACUUCAUACCACUUCAGAGAGAUGAACACCAAUGUACUUUAGCAGACAAAGACACUGAGGUGUAUAAGAUUGACACCAAUGUAGCAGUACCAUCAGUUCCGAACAAGAAUACAAAGAACCUGGGAGAACCAGGAAAUCCAACAGCAAGUCCAGUGAAACCCUCAGCAACCGUCCCGUGGCGUCCAGCGAAAGAGAAUGAAGUGGAAAAGGAUUCUCUCACACAGAGAGGAGGGGUUCCUUCUAUUUUCCUGAGUUCCUACCUUCUCUUCACCAUUGUCCUAUUACAUAUGAUACACAAAGCAUAGGUUAAACCCAUAUAACUUUAUUAAUUUCUCUACUAUGUAGGUUGUAUAUAUAUUACUCCUUGUCCGAGUCCAUAUUUUGAAUGUGGUUACGAAUGUCUUUUUUUAGAAAGUAUUUAUGAGAGAGAGACUUAUUGACUGGGUAAUUUAUGAAAUGACAUGUCUCAAGGUGUUAAUAGACAGUUUGAGAUUUUAUAUGUGCACUUAUAUACAAUAUGUAUAUUUAGAUAUGCUUUUAAUUUCACAUUUUGGAUACUUAUAUCAGCAGUAUUGUGAUACUAGACUAGUUUUUUGCCAGGUGAGGUUUUUAGUGAGAUAUAUUUAUAUUAUGCAUUUUUAAGUAUUAGUUACUUUUAUUCUCACAUCACAUAUUCUUAUUACAGGAUAUGUUAAGUUGCUAUGCAUAUGUGUGUACACAGAAGUGUAUGUAUUACUCAGUUUAGUCAGAUGAAAUGCUUAUGAAAGAAAAAAAUGUUUGAGAAUAAUUUAUUAAUAAAAGGUUCUGUCAUCAAUAUUUUAUAUGAGACAGAAUUGUCUCUGAUGAAGAGAUAUUUUAUAUUACAAUAAAGUUAUUCUAUAUGUAUAUAUAGCAAAGUACCAUUAAGAUUUAGAAUUAUAUUUCUUUGGUUAUUGCUUUAUAACCUCUAUAUAGGGUCAAAAUCUGGAUCCAAUUUUAAACCCAAAUCUUUGAAAUUGUUUCAGUCUUUUUCAUUUUCACUGAUCUGCCUUUAUACAGCUGAACCUGAUGCAAAAUCCUAUAUGUACUUUCUCUAGAAGUUCUACUUUUUUAUGGAUAAAACAAAAAGAAUCUGAACCCAGCCUCUUUGAUUUACCUAAAAUCAGUUGACACAGCAUAUAACUCUUACCUUGUCUGUGAGAGGCAAGAUGUGACUACACAACCCACCCAGUUGUGGCUUUUAAAAUGACCACUACAGGUAGAUGUGCUUAGCUGUCAUAAGAAAUACUUAGUUUUUGUUUGUUUUCUGCAAUAUCAUCAUCAAUGAUAUUUUGUAGCUUAUAGUUUCAUAACAUUUCAUCAUAUGAAUAUAUUUCCAUAUAAUUUUUAGUAUCUGUUUACAUAAAAAAAUAUAUAUAUAUAUUAAUUUGCCAUUGAUGUAUUGUUGCAUUUCAUUGAUGAUGACUAGCAGGAUCCACCUUGAUAUGCCAAAUCAGAAUGUAAUGAAAUACUAAUUUUGUGACUUUGUAACCAUGUUACAAUGUAACAAACAUUCUAGGUCAGAUGAAAAAUAUUACAGAUACUAAAGGAAUAAAGGUUUAGCAGUAUCACUGGACAUCCAUGAAGACUGACAAUUGGAUGAUACCUGAUGUUUGGAAAUCAUAAAACUUUUAAUGGCAAGAUCUGUCACCUAGAAAUUACUUGACCCCUCAAUGGUAUACAAUUUCCUCAUUUGUAAGGAUAUGGAAAAUAUUGCACUUCUUUUUUUAUUUAUUAUCAUAUACUUUAUAUAUGUAUUCUUAUAUAUAUAUCAAUAUAUAGAUAAAUACAUUCAAUUAAACACAAAUAUAUAAUUCUGUGAUAUUCAGUAGUAUAAGAUCAUAACUGGUGAGAUAUUAAAUUUACCCAACAUAAAAACAAAAUAUAUACUAACACUCAUUUUUUUUCUGAUGGAAAUUCACAAUUACACAAGACUUCAACUCGUGCUUAUCUUACCUUCAUGGCUUAAAAAUACUUGGUUCCCAAGUUUUUCAUCUACAAGGACCUCAUUGUAAAUAAUAAUGCACUAUAUGCUGAAGUUUGUUUUUUUUCUUCAAUUUUGAAGUUAACCCAUGGCACUGAUUAAUUGCACUGUCCUCUGUAGUUUCGUUUUGUUUUGUAUACUUAUAGAUGGCUCCACAUUGUCACCAAGGAGUCAGUUUGUAAGUCUACCUAACUUCACAUGAAAUCCCCAUUACUUGAAUUUUUGAAAGUUUUAUUUUAGAUAUCAUUACUGUUAUUAUUAUUACUUCUGGCAUUGAGAUUAUGACAAUGUUAUCAAUACUAUUAGCAAUAAAAAAAAAAAAAAAUAGAUCUUUAGGAAAACCAAGAAAGGGGUAAACUAGAUCAAGUGAGCAGCACCCUGGGGAUCAAGGUUCCCCAAUUGGGAACCACUGUCUUCAAAUAUUAUCUAGAGUUACAUCCAAAAAGUGUUACUAAGCAGUACUGCCAAACAAUGUGAAAAAAUACAGUGUAUAUACAAGGAACUCCCAAGAAGCAGAAAGACAUAGCACACAUAGAAACAUACCAACUUAAAAGUUCAUAAAUUUAGAAUAAAAAAAAGAACUAAGAAAUCAGAUCUCUGAGGAAGUGGAAUGAAAUAUGAACUUAGAUUCUAACAAACUAUCACAAAUUUCUCCUAUUUGUGCUUAAUCAUUUCACAUAUCAAAAAGUUACUAUAAUUACAAUAAUAAUAUUAAUAAUAAUAAAUAUUCACAGGUACUUGUCAUGUAAAGAAUAUAUGCAAAGAACAAAAGAAUUACAAAUUAUAUUACCAACAGACAAUAUCAUAUUUGUAUAAGGAGCUGUACCUAUUACAUAAAUUGUUACAGAGUUUGACCUACAUGUUACAAUUUUACACACAGUUUUCAUAUGCUGCAAUAAACUGGAGUCGUUUUGAAGAGCAAUAGUGACAACACUGAUCAAAAAAAAAUAAUAGUGCUGGAGGGAAAAGAUUAUUGAGCUAAUGCUACCCUAAAGAACUUACUUAUGGCAUUUUCUUCCCCACCUCACCUUCUAAAAUAAUGUUAGUAAAAAUGAUCUUCUAACAUUAAACUUUGGCACCAUCUGCCCUUCAAUAAACACCACAAUGGAACAUAUACUGCAACAGUAAUUGUACCUUUAUGUUCCUUCAGACUGUGAAAAAACAUUCACUAAACCCUAAACUCCUUCAACUUGCCUGGAUUUCAGAUAUACAGUGAAAUAAUGUAUAUAUUUGUAUGUCCUUAAUUCUUAUGAGAUAAUAAUAUUACAUACUGUCUCUAUUCCAUUACCGUCUGAAUUACAUUCAAUGAAAAUAGAGCAGUGAGCCUACAUUCUUCUAAUAAUCAAAUAUUUUUAUACCAGAAAAAUUCUCCAAUACUUUAGAGUUCUGAACGAUUGCCUGGAUCAAAAUCUACAGAAGCCUUCAGAUUUUAUUGUCGAAUUAAGCAAUACCUCCAUUAGCUGUGCCAAAAUUUUCUAAACCUAUGUCUCUAACCAAUAUUUCCAAAAGAACCACAGAUGAAUAAGAAUAUGCUAGAGAGAAAAUAACGUAUAACUGUGCAUUAACUUUCCCUUACAUAAAAUCAUAUUCUAUUUCUCUCCUACCAUCUAAUCUUUCAGUUCCAACAAGUGCAAAUUUAUGAU